CGUGCAAAAUGCGAAAUAGCCUUAGAUCGUGGUUGGAUCCUGCAUUCCUGAAACUCGCCAUUUUCAGGAUAGUAGAAGGAAAGAAAUAUAGACCCGCAUCUUACUCUUGGACAUGUAUCAAGAUUGCUGCUCUACGCAAAUAACAACGGGAGAAAUAACGAAUCUCUGGUGUGCGACACUCUCGAUCUGAGCGGUCAGAGUCUCAAGAAGCUCAGCCGGUGCCCUUCAGAUGCUGAUAUUAGUACAUUGAUUAUAGAUGAUAAUGAUUUACAACGACUUGACAAUUUGGAUUCUUAUCAUAGAAUUACCAAGCUUUCAAUAGUCAGGAAUCAAUUGCUGCGGAUGUACGGUGUAUCCAAGUUACAUAAUCUUGUUACCCUCAAUCUGGCCAACAAUGGCAUACUUACAAUAGAAGGUAUCAAGGACAUGACUAAUUUGCAAACGCUGUGUUUAGCAGGAAACAAUAUCAAGUCUAUUGAACAUCUACACACAAAUACAAAGUUGGAGCAUCUGGAUUUGUCGGAGAAUAGUAUCAGCCAUAUUUCAGACAUCUCUUAUUUACGAAAUUUGAAGGAACUCUUUCUGCAUAACAAUCGCAUAAUAACGCUGCGUCAAUGCGAGCGCUACUUGCCUACAUCUCUCGAAACAUUCACACUGGCAAAUAACAAUAUCACCGAUUUGAAUGAAAUGUCACACUUGGCUAAUCUCAAGAAUGUGGUGAAUUUCUCAAUUGCUAACAAUCCGUGUGUCAGUAUAACAGGUAACAUUUAUAGUGGGUUUGACUACCGGCCCUUCGUUAUUAAUUGGUGUAUGAGCUUAAAAUCGAUUGACGGUUAUGCGGUCGAUCCUAUCGAAAGCUUGAAAGCAGAGUGGCUGUAUUCUCAGGGACGAGGUAGACAAUUCCGCGUCGGUGAACACGCAUUGCUCGCUCAAUACCUAGCAUCUGUUUGCCCGCUCUCGGGAGAGUCCUUAGAAAAUGAGACGGACAGGAAGCUUAGACUCAUACUGAGCAAAGCUCAGCACCACCAACAGCAAUUGAAUCAACAGAGCGAUGCCGGGAGCGUGCACAGUUUGAGUAGCGUGGCGAUGAGCCCUUCCCCAGCCGCUAGACGUAGACUUAGCCAUAACAGGACAAAUUCUCCCAGACGACCUAGUUCCUCGAGGAAUUUGAAAAUGAAAUCGCCGGACCGGAUGGUAUCCAGCUGUCAUACCGAUGCUAUGGUCUCGUCGUGUCAUGCGUUGUUGAGCGGUGAUCACGACUCCAACCUGAUGACUCAAAGUUUGGAUCCUAACAUGCUUUGCGGUACGUUGAGCACCAAGAUGGCGAAUAACUCUUUGCAAGAUAUGGAAGAAACAUCGAGCCCUUUGCAAGCAGCUACGAAACUGGUGCCGGUACCGGAGUCUCUGAUGAGUCCGGACUUUCGGCCACCCUCUGGCCUUUCGCGGAUCUUGCCCAAGACACCGCCGAGCAAACUAAGCUCCCCGUGUCAGAUCACGAUACCCAGCAAGCCGUCUCUAGACGGUGACGGAAAGGCGAUACCGAUCAUAAACACCGUGAAUCCUAUGGCGAAAACGAAUCUGAGCGCUAUUAAAGCGAAUGCGCUCAUGAAGAGCAAUUCAGCGAGCAAUUGUAGUAACGUCAUGAAGGCGAAUAUAGCCAAACCGAUCGUGACAUACGCUAACAGCAGCAAGUGCCCGCACAGCGUGAAAAUCAAUAAUUACGUUCAAAGUAAAACGUUACCCAAGAGGAAUAUGAAGGGCUCUAAUCUGGUCAGGAUUAUACAACGACCGAAAAGCGCGAGCGAGAGGAUCAAGAGUAAUUUGAAUAAGGGAGAUAAAGACGGGGACGCCGAUAACGGUACCCAGAGUAGCGACGAGGAUAGCGAAGUGUGUCAAGCAAAAUUGGACAGCAUUCGCCACAGAGCCAUUCAAAGAAGACAAGAAGACAGCAAUAAAGAUCAAGAUCAAGCGGAAAAGGCUGCUAUUUGCAUUCAAAGAAUGUGGCGAGGCUAUCAUACAAGAAACCUUAAUAGCAAAGCUACUAGCAUAUUAAAAACAAUCGAUAUGAUAAGAACAAAUAAGUAUAUCCAGAAAUUAUCGACUGACAUGGAGGCUACGAGAACUGCUUUGGAAAGUGAGCACAAAUUACAAUUAUUGCAAAUGCAAGCGAUUAAUGCGUUGUGGAAAAAAGUCGUUAGUCUCCAACCGGGCAGCAAUCGAGAAAAUGCCUUUAAUGAUACGGACAAUGUUGUGCAACCCAAUACGGACGUGGUUACUAAUCUCGCACAAACGUGCAACUUACUUCACACUCAGGUCCAGCAAUUGCAAGAUUCGAUGUCCGAGAUAAAACGUUGCAUGUCCAACAUGAAACCGAAGCACGCUCUUGUUGAAAGCGGCGUGGCUACUCAAACCGAGAUAUCCGCCGUGCAUACGCCGGCAGGCGAAGAGAACACAUUCCCUUAUGGACGUCCUAACAGACCGCAGAGUCUACCGAUACACCAGACGAUACACGAGGGAAACGAGAACAAGAGCUUCGCGUCCAACUUGGUGGACAGCGUGCUGAAAAAGGUCUCGCAGUCCACCGACACGACGGAUGACGAGGUCAAUACGGAUAUUUUAAAUUCGAAUGAGAAUCCGGAGGCGUUGAAUUCGACCGAACAUCCUGAAAUGUUCAAGAGCUGCGAAGAAAUAAUAGAAUCUGACUUCAAAGAGGCGGUUGAGAACGAGGCGACGGGAGACUACGAAAACAUCAUCGAAAACACAGCGAUAGACGGUGAAGUAUGUGAGGAGGCGUUGUGCAAGGAACUGCACAACCUGAUCGAGACGGAAAAUGUAGUUGAGAACUAUGAGAACUGCGAGAAGAAUAACGAAAUCAACGGGGACGACCAGCAAGCCUGUUAGACUUUAACUAACGAAUCGAGUUCGCAAAAACCAUAUGCCUUGUGAGUAACACAAUCACGAUAAGACGGUAAAAUGCGAAGGGAGAGAUGGAUGUCUAAAAAUGCUCACUGUAAAUAACGUCAAAAAGAAGUAAUUUUAGUCGUAACGAUAUUAGAGAAACUGUAUUAAUUUUAAUCGUGAACCAUUUUGUUACGAAAAGAAUAUUUUCAUCACAAAUAAUAAGCUGCCAUUCUGUCCGAACAUAAUGUCCGCGUAAUUUAAAUAAGAAGAGAAAAAGAGAUUUACUGGAACGAAGUUAUAUGUCAAUGACUGUGAGGCAUCUAAACCAUUUUGCGCAACUCUUUGUUAUGUUAUAUGGUAAACUGUAUACUUUCAUCUCAUUAAUAAGAAAUUCCGGGAAUUUCCGUCCAUACGUCCGGUUGUCGGCAAUAGAGCGAAACCUGUGUCAUCCACGUGAAGCAUAGCAUGUAUUUUACUGAACUGAUCGUUGGAGAAUUGUUCCGCAAAUUUUAGCCACUGCUCCUCGACAUGAUUUCUCAUCACUGGAAAACUACAUCUUAUAUCCUGCAGAAGGCUGGUUAACGUUAAUUCUCAGAUCAAAAUAUCUGCACAAGGAGAUACAUAUUUAUUAUUCGUAAGAUAUAUUUGCAAUACCUCCUUAAUUUUUAGUUCUUUCGAUAUAAUACUUUACAUAUAUGUUUGAUAAUUAUUUAUUUAUUUAUUUAUCUAUAUGGGAAAGAAAGAUUAGUUUUAAUAGAUAUCGAAGAUGUUGAAGUAUUAGGAAAGAUACCAGAGGUACGAUCUAGUCAAUAGCUUUUACAUUUAGGUACACUGUAGAUAUUUACUAGAGGAUUGUUAUGUAGAUAUUACUCAACUUUAUGAAAUAAACAUUGUGAGAGACUUUCAUUAAAAGUAUGCAAAGUACACCGUUAAAAAGCACGAUUUAAAUCACAUUGGAAAAAAAAUCGUGACGGCGUUUCUGUAACUAUUGAUUAUCGAUAUUUGCGUGCGACAAAUAAGUGUUGAAUGAAUAAUUUAAUAAUCUAUAAAUACAUACACGCGAGCUUACUGAAUUGACACAUCGGCUGCAGCAUAUUCUACUACUAGUAGUAUUUAAAUGCCUGAAGUUUUUUAAUAAUUCAGGAUGUGUCAGUGAACUGCGAGAUAAACAUUCCGUGCGUGUCUAACGUAACUUUCAAGACAUUCAUGUAGUAAUGUUUGCUUUAAUCGGAGGAUUCGCUUAAGCUUAAAUUUAUAUUCUUCAUUCUUAUAAUUUUUAGAAGGACACAUGCGACCGUGAUAUAAACCAAAAUAAUUAUAGCUAAUAACAGAAACUACGGGUUGGAUAGACUCAUUCGUAAAACAAGAAUGCAGAGACAUAUUCGCAAUAUUGUAUUUAUUUUACAUUCCCUAGCUAC